CCCGAUGCUACUGUACUGUACUUCCAGACUUCCAGUCGACCUAACGUCCUUCACCCGUGGGGUUUCAAAGCCACCAUUGGUAAUUCAGAUUGGGGGAUAUGACCCGGUCUCUGACCGUGGUCACUCCUGGCUUCCAAGUAUAGAACGCCUGAUGGGAGGUGUAUGACAACAUUCUCCAGCCAUUUGACAUUAUUCCACAUCACCACCGAUCUCAUGGAUUGCGUGUAACCCGCUAAGAUGAUGUUUCUUGCGCGUGCAGAAUUGCG